AAGAAGAUGAAAUAUGGCGGCUCCCACUGACGGCGUGCCGGGGUUUAUAAGAGAUUUGAGGGAGUCUUUUAAAGCUAAAGGUUGUGAAAUCUAUCCUUUCAAGGUUGAACGGUACAAUGCUUUGACAUCAGAAGUCCAUCAUCUUUCAUAUGCAGAUGACAGUCUGGCAGCAGUGAUCCUUAGCACACCGUCCAUGUUUGAGAAAGUUUUCCUGCCUUUCCUUCAGAGUCACGAAUGUGAAGCGACCAGAGACCCGAUAGAUGAGUGUGUCACUCAGACGAUCUCCUCCUGUGUUUCUCUGUGUUGUCCACAUCAGUGUGUGGAUGUGAUGUAUGAUUAUGAGCUGCUGCCCAGUAGGAGACCCAGGUUUCUUGCCCAAACAGCUGCACAUGUGUCCGGAGCAGCGUUCUACUACCAGAAAUCAGAUAUCCACAAUCCUCCAUGGCUUGACAAAAAGAUGUUUGGAGUGUGUAUUCACCCCAGGCUGGGCGGCUGGUUCGCUAUACGAGCUCUACUAAUCUUUAAAGAUGUGCUGCUGGGAGAUGAAGUUCAGCAGAAAGAUCCUGUAGACUGUGUGAGCCGACAGGAGGACAGAAUCGAGCUGCUAGAGAGAUUUAACUUCCGCUGGCAGGACUGGAGUUACAGAGACAUCAUACCUGCAGAGGAACGUUAUUCACCUCGACAGAAAGAGUACUUCAUAACUCCUCCUGCACAGCGGGGGGCGCUGCUGAGACACUGGGGCUUCAUGACAGAGAGUGACACGGAGUCCACAAACAAACAAACAGAGCUGAGCAGACCCUUAUGAAUACCUUCAUCAUUCCUCUUUCCUCAUGUGUACUCAGAGUAACAUACAAGAGACUCCUGGACAGGAAAAGAUGUUCAAGCAGUUGAAAUUAAAUGUUUUCAGAGGAUGCCAUGAGUGUUGAUGUUGAUCACACUGAAACACAAAAUACUAUUGUGCCUUAUUUCAAUCAUUUGUUUUAUAGUUGAAUCAUUUGUCUUGAAUAACAACACAACAGCCAAUGUUCAAAAUAAAGCAUUCAGAUUAUAGGUUUGUGGACAAGCAACAGAAGAAAUGCUUCUGUGAUAUUUGUCCUAAACGACAUUGUUGUAGUAUGUUACUUGUGUAUAUAAACAUGGAUAACAUUACUGCA